AUGUCAAAGGUUGAGAGCUUGUCUGAUGUUCACAUUCUUCAGCUUGAUGUCACGAGCGCGACGGACAUUCAAGCCGCCAAGGCUGUCGUGAGCGACAAAACCGGAGGCUCUCUGUCGUACCUCAUCAACUGCGCAGCUCGCAAUCACUUCAUGCCGCUGAUAGAUGAAAGUAUUGCGGAGGCCAAAAAGGUCCACGACACUAAUAUCUGGGGGCCGCUCGCUGUGACGCAGACUUUUGCGCCUCUGUUGAUCAAGGCUAAAGGCACUAUUGUCUUCAUCACCUCCGUCGCCGGCCACUUGAACACACCUUACCAAGGGACAUAUGCUGCUUCCAAAAUGUCUGAGGAGAUCAUAGCAGAGACCAUGCGACUAGAGCUUGCACCGUUUGGAGUGAAAGUUCUUUCUAUCGUAUCCGGAGCUCUGAGAACUAUGGGUCAGAGUCAUUUCGAUGAUUGGAAGUUGCCAGCAGACUCUCUAUACGCAUCUGUUGAAGAGACCAUCCGCACCAGGGCUCGCGGGAAAGAAGGGGCACCCAGAAUGGAACCUGAGGACUAUGCUAAGCGAGUAGUUUCAGAAAUCACGGCUAGACGAACGGGCAAGUUCUGGUACGGCGCAAGCGCUGGAAUUGUCAAAUUCGGUGUCUCAUACCUUCCUACAUGGCUAAUGGACACUGGCGUGCAGAUGAAGACGGGGCUCGAUGUUGUGGCGAAACAGUACUCCAGCAAAUGA